CCCAGAACCGCUCCUGCCCGGCGGACUGCCAACAGCCUGUACCCGCUGCUAGGAGCUGCAGGAAUGACCGAUAAUAUCCCCCUGCAACCCGUGAGACGGCUGAAAAGACACGACAGUAAAAACAGAAAUGGGUGCUGCCCGUGGUCGAGAUGCUGUGGCAUGGGUGACUUCCGUCCCCGCACCGUGUGGCUCGGCCACCCAGAAAAGAGGGAGCAGCGGUACCCCAGGAAUGUCAUUAAUAACCAGAAGUACAACUUCUUCACCUUCCUGCCUGCGGUGCUGUUCAAUCAGUUCAAGUACUUCCUCAACUUGUACUUUUUGCUGCUGUCCUGCUCUCAGUUUGUCAAGGAGCUACGGUUGGGUGCGCUCUACACCUACUGGGUCCCUUUGGGUCUUGUUUUGAUUAUUACCAUCAUGAGAGAGGCAGUUGAAGAAAUAAGGUGCUACCUUCGAGACAAAGAAGUGAACUCUCAGAUUUACAGCAAACUUUCAACAAGAGGCACAGUGAAGGUUAAAAGCAGCGGUAUUCAAGUUGGAGAUCUCAUAAUUGUGGAAAAGAACCAGCGUGUUCCUGCUGACAUGAUCUUUUUAAGGACCUCUGAAAGAAAUGGCUCCUGUUUCGUGCGGACUGACCAGCUGGAUGGAGAGACGGACUGGAAACUACGCCUCCCAGUGGCCUGCACACAGAGGCUGCCGACUGCUGCUGACCUUCUACAGAUCAGAUCGUACGUGUACGCCGAAGAACCAAACAUCGAUAUCCACAACUUUAUUGGAACUUUCACCAGGGAAGAUGGGGAUCCUCCAGUUAACGAAAGUCUCAGCAUUGAGAACACUCUGUGGGCCAGCACCGUUGUUGCCUCUGGCACAGUGGUGGGGGUUGUGAUUUACACAGGCAGGGAGCUGCGCAGUGUCAUGAACACCUCCAACCCGAGGCACAAGGUGGGUUUGUUUGACUUGGAAGUGAACUGUUUGACUAAGAUCCUGUUUGGGGCCCUUGUGGUGGUGUCACUGGUCAUGGUGGCCCUCCAGCACUUCGCUGGUCGUUGGUACCUCCAGAUCUUUCGCUUCCUGCUGCUCUUCUCUCACAUUGUGCCCAUCAGCUUGCGUGUCAAUCUGGAUAUGGGAAAGAUGGUUUUCAGUUGGAUGAUUAAGAAGGACUCCAAGAUUCCUGGGACGAUGGUGAGGGCGAGCACCAUACCUGAGCAGCUUGGACGCAUCUCCUACCUGCUGACUGACAAAACAGGGACUCUGACUCAGAACGAAAUGGUGUUCAGGCGGCUCCAUCUUGGCACUGUGGCCUAUGGGAUGGACUCAAUGGAUGAAGUACAGAGCCAUGUGUUCAGCGCCUACACACAGCCCACCCAUGACCUUCCAGCCUCCAGGGCCCCGGCUGCCACUAAGGUGCGCAAGACCAUCAGCAGUCGAGUUCAUGAGGCUGUGAAGGCCAUCGCCCUGGUUCACAAUGUGACUCCAGUGUACGAGUCCAACGGUGUGACAGAUCAGGCCGAGGCAGAGCAGCAUUAUGAAGACACAUGCAGAGUCUACCAGGCGUCCAGCCCAGAUGAGGUGUCGCUGGUGCAGUGGACUGAGAGUGUUGGUCUGACCCUGGUGGGAAGAGACCAGUCCUCCAUGCAGCUGCGGACCCCUACUGGCCAAAUACUGAACUUCACCAUCCUGCAGCUGUUCCCUUUCACCUAUGAGAGCAAGAGGAUGGGCAUCAUAGUGCGAGAUGAAUCCACAGGAGAGAUCACUUUCUACAUGAAGGGCGCUGAUGUGGUGAUGGCAGGCAUCGUCCAGUAUAAUGACUGGCUGGAAGAGGAGUGUGGAAACAUGGCGAGGGAAGGCCUGAGAGUCCUCGUGGUGUCCAAGAAGUCACUGACAGAGGAGCAGUAUCAAGACUUUGAGGCACGGUACAUCCAGGCCAAGCUGAGCGUCCACGACCGCUCUCUGAAGGUGGCCACAGUGAUUGAGAGUCUGGAGAUGGAGAUGGAGCUGCUGUGUCUGACUGGGGUGGAGGAUCAGCUCCAGGCUGAUGUCAGGCCCACCCUGGAGAUCCUGCGCAAUGCAGGCAUCAAGGUUUGGAUGCUGACAGGAGACAAGCUUGAAACGGCCACGUGCACCGCUAAGAACGCCCAUCUGAUCACCCGCAACCAGGACAUCCAUAUCUUCAGACCUGUGACAACACGAGGGGAAGCCCACCUGGAGCUCAACGCUUUCAGGAGAAAACACGACUGCGCACUGGUGAUAUCGGGGGACUCGCUUGAGGUUUGUCUGAAAUAUUAUGAGUAUGAGUUCAUGGAGCUCGCGUGUCAGUGUCCCGCCGUGGUUUGCUGCCGAUGUACCCCCACACAGAAGGCUCAGAUAGUCCGGCUGCUGCAAGAGCGCACAGGCAAACUCACCUGCGCUGUAGGGGAUGGAGGAAACGAUGUCAGCAUGAUCCAGGAAGCGGACUGUGGCGUGGGAGUGGAGGGAAAAGAAGGAAAGCAGGCCUCGCUGGCCGCCGACUUCUCGGUGACUCAGUUCAAACAUUUAGGCCGUCUCCUCAUGGUCCACGGUCGGAACAGCUACAAAAGGUCUGCUGCCCUCAGCCAGUUUGUCAUCCACAGGAGCCUGUGCAUCAGCGCCAUGCAGGCGGUCUUCUCCUCUGUUUUCUACUUUGCUUCUGUCCCACUUUACCAAGGAUUCCUGACUAUUGGCUACUCCACUGUCUACACCAUGUUCCCUGUCUUCUCCCUGGUGCUGGACAAAGAUGUUAAGUCUGAGGUUGCCAUGCUGUACCCAGAACUGUACAAAGAUCUCCUGAAGGGUCGACCGCUAUCUUUCAAGACGUUUCUAAUAUGGGUCCUAAUAAGCAUCUAUCAAGGGAGCAUCAUCAUGUACGGAGCCCUGCUGCUCUUCGAGUCCGAGUUCGUCCACAUCGUUGCCAUUUCCUUCACCUCUCUGAUCCUGACGGAGCUGCUGAUGGUGGCCCUGACCAUUCAGACGUGGCACUGGCUCAUGAUAGUCGGCGAGCUCCUGAGCUUGGCCUGUUACGUCGCCUCGCUCGUCUUCCUGCAUGAAUUCAUAGACAUAUACUUCAUCACCACAGUGUCGUUCCUGUGGAAGGUGACUGUCAUCACGCUGGUCAGCUGUCUGCCCCUUUACAUCCUCAAGUACCUGCGCAGGCGCUUCUCUCCACCCAGCUACUCCAAGCUGACCACUUAAAGACUGAGAGGAGCCUCAGAACCGUGUCCCCUGUCCUCAUACUGCUGAACCUGCACUUCAACCAGAGAGUCAAACGUGGAUUCACUCCCUUUACUUUGUCCUGAAAAACUCUUACAUGGGAAGGUGAAAAUGGGACGGUUCUGUCAGGGACAGGAUGUUUACUGGUGGGUUUGGGAGGGGGGGUUGUUGUUAAAAGCAGUGCUCCUUGCUUCAUGUGUUUGAUGCAAAGACUAACUGAUGAUUUUUCCAUGUGGACAACAACGGCAGUGAAGUGAUUUAGUUGAACUCAUUUAGCUCUCAGACUGAUGAACAGAAAUCUGAAGUAUUAACGUAAAAACACGCUGCUCUUUAGUCUGCAUGUUUAAAGCUCAAAAUCAGUUCAGUAAAUUGUGUCCAAACUUGCAUCAAAGAAAAUAAAAGGGAAAAACAAUCUCUCACUCACUGCUGUAGAUGUGUCACUUAGGUUGGAAACUAAUUUUCUCCAAUAUCCAAGUUCUGUCUUAAAUAGUAAAUCUGUUUUUAUUGUUAGACGCUGAAAUUGACGUCGCGUUUUCGCUCGGGACUUGAUUCACACUCUCCUUAAACAUGAUUUCUAAAUGGAGUUUGGGAAUUACGUGGUAAAAAAAAAUAAAAAAUUUACUGGCUAGACUUUGCAAAAAACACACGUCUGCAAGUUUGUGUAUUUGUUUAUGCGUCACUGCGAUGCUGCAGACCAACACGGCGGAGGUGGUGUGGUUGUUUAUUUUAGCCUGGCCCGUAGCGUCUGAUGUUAAAUCUGUCCUUGUGUCUUUGUGUGGACCCUGAGUCGUUAGUGUGAGUGCAGCGCGGUCAAAACGGCCACAAAGGAGUGUUGGUUAUUUGCGGCCGAAACCUUCUGCCGGCAUUCCCGCCUUGGCUGCAUGUCUGCAGGGGAAUGAUGAAGCCUCUCAUGUGGCUGCUCGGCAGACCAGCGCCGGCCACACUUCAGCAUUGCAUGGUGACUCACUGUAACGGCGACCUAAAGCCAUAACUGAAAAUACUUUGGUGACCGGAGUCCAGCUGCCCGCCCCCUUUUCAUCGGCUCCACGCCCCCUCACUGCUCACUCGCACUGACCUCAGCGGCUCAGCUGUAACAGAAAGACGGGAUCAAAUCACCUGCCGUCAGUGAAUGUUGUUGGUCAGUCUUACUGCUGCACGCCUCCACGCCACGCUCGUCGUGUUUCAUUUUGUUAAUGGUGUGACGGUGCAGACCCUGUAGAUAGUUAACAGCUAACAUACUAACAUGACCACACUGUCAGUUAUUUCAGACUCACUGAAAAGGUUUAAUUGAGUUGGAAAGAGGAGCCGUUAACACUCUGUGUGUCUAACAGAGCGUCCGGGUGCCAUCAGCAAGCGUUUCAGUGUCAUGUCAAACUACAAUGUUGAUCCCCACUGAAUUCACGCCGUUCGCGCCGUUUGCACAGAAUUUUGUUUUGUACAACUGAUAAUUGUAUUUUUUAUGUUCUAACAGAAUUGCAAAACAUUUAUCCUGAAAUGAUUUGUCUGCUUGUAAAUAACCUGUUUUUUCUUUACUAUUUAUUAACGUGUUUUAUUUAAUGGUGUUGAUUGCGCUCACACGAGCAGAACAAAAAGGGAGAAUCGUGUUGAUGUCAGUGUUGUGCUGAUGAUUAAUAAAUCUCAUUUUCAUUUCUUGU